CCAUUUUCACUUGAACGCGUUCUUCGGGCGCCCCCUUCGUUGUGCGGAAGGGACAGGAAAAGAGGCAGAGCCGCCUUCAGCCCAGAGGCUGCAGGAGGAAAGUCGACUCUGAAGAGCGCCCCAGGAUGGGAGAGGGAGUCGUCCCGGCAUCGGGUAUCUCCCUCAUCAGUGGCGCAAUUUGAUCAUUCAAGUGUCUGACAUCCUUUUUGCUUCUAAAUGGCAUCUGAAAAUCAAAGCAGCAAAUUAGCACAAAGUACUCAAGAGAAAACCAGUCCUUCACUUUUUUUCAAGUAAACUAAAGUUCUACAAUUCUACCUCUAACAUUUACUUGGACUGAGAGAAGGGGGACAGUUUUUAAUCAGAACACUACUCUGGGUGUGAAUAUAGUUUUUCAGUGUUCAAUUAAUAAAUAAAUUGUAACCAGUGUGCCUUAAUUUUUUCAUACUAUACCUGUUUUGUUAAUCUUUAACAGGUAUCUGCCUUAGCCCACUUAACUGUGGAGUCUUGACAAUGAAUUGCUUUUCCAAGGUUUCAGAUUACAUUAAUAGUUAAUGAAAUCACCCUGGAAUAUAUAAAAUAUUAUUAAAUUUUAAAGCAGGCUGUUUAGAGAGAAGAAGUAAUGGGAUAGUUAUCUUAAUUCAUAGUGCAGUCAAUUAGAAUUCACAUUAUGGCGGCAACCUAUAGGCGCGUUGUAACAACAGCGAAUAGUUAUAGCAGUGUUGUGAUAGAUCGGAGACUCCAACAAGCUGUUCAUUACUGCACUGGAGCAUGUCAGGUAUUAAAGCAAGGAGUUCUGUGUGUAGUGGCACACCACAGUGUUUGUGCAGAGCUAGUGAAGGUUCCUACUCCAGAUCUCAGAUGUUCAGAUCUGACCCGUAGGUUUUCAAUGCCUGAACAUUCCCUUUCCUUGACUGGGGAUGAAGAUUAUCACCAAAUUCUCCCUAAUAAUCCAAGAGUCAAAAAGGGGUCUUCAGUUCAAAGCACUGGAAGCCUGAAGAAUAUCACUGGAGAAGCUAUAAAUCUUGCUAGUGGAAAAAUAAAAGAAUUCUCAUUUGAAAAGCUGAGAAGUUCUUCCAAUCACGUGACCUACAGAAAAGGAAGAAAAGUUAAGUCAGACCCAUUCAACCGAAGGUCACUGGAUUUUGACUUGAUCUAUGGACAUUUCAGCAAUGAUGAAAAUUCCCCCCCUACCUUUGGCCUAUCACAGGUUUCCUCACCUGAGGAGAAAUGGCAGAUCAGCAGGACUUCACUAGAGGGAAAUGUGAAUUCUACUUUCCCCACGCUUUUACAAACUUUCUCUGAGGACAGCUUUAUCACACAGAUCUUGGAAAAGCACAAGUUGGAUGGUUCUUCCAGUGGAGAUAUUAAGAUGUGCUUGGACAUUUUGCUCAAAUGCUCAGAGGACUUGAAGAAGUGUACUGAUAUAAUAAAGCAGUGCAUCAGGAAGAAAUCUUCAGGUAGUGUCAGUGGAGGUAACAGUAAUGAUCACUUAGUAAACUCUGAAAUUAUCUAUAUGAAUUUAAUGACAAGGUUUUCUUCUUAUCUUAAAAAACUGCCUUUUGAAUUUAGACAGCCUGGACUCACUGAGCCUGGUGACAUGGUAGAACUGAUUAAUAGUUUAUCUGCUUUGCAACAGGCUCAUUUCCCCCCAAUAUUUGGCAAUGAGCAGCCACCUAGAUAUGAGGAUGUUGUACGCUCUCCAUCCUCCAUGACAAAGCAGUCUCUUAAGAUGGACUUGCGAGGUAGCCAGAACACCACUGAUACCACUGCCUUAUCAAAACCUACCCAGAUCCUCAAUGUACAUUUUCCUUUAACUGAUUUACAUGACAACAACCAACAAGACAACUUAGGAUAUAAAAAUGAUGCUUGUUCACUACCUCAGUUACAAUCUGUAAGCCUGUCGAACAGCAUAUCUUCCAUGGAAACUCUGUACAUUGUGGAAGAAUCAGAUAGGGAAAAGGACUUAGGUGGUGCAUCAAAUGCUAAGAGUAGAGGAAGUUGGGAGAAUUCAGAGAGCAAUCAGCAGAGAGCUGAGAGGGAAGUCCCUGCUAUGGACUCUACUAAAAAAAUGCCUGUUUUAGGACAAUCUGUAACACCGGCUCAAACUUUUACCCAAGCAACCUCUGUCAAAAGCCUUGAUGCUACUGCUCAGAUUUCUAAGGAAGAACGUAGAAAGAACAACCAAGAAGAGAUAGACAAGCUUCUGUUGGACUUGGAGCAUUUUUCACAGAAAAUGGAAACUACCCUGAGAGAGACUUCCAGUAAGGAUACUGAUACUGUAUGUUUGAAAGAUAAUGAUCUGUCUCAGACUCUUGAAAACAACAGUAAAGCUUGCUCACUCACAGACAAAAGUGCUUCUCCUUCUUUAUCAAAACUCAUAGAAACCAAUGGCCAUAAAAUGGAGGAAGAAGACAAAACCCUUCUAUUGCGCAUCCUGGAAAGCAUUGAAGACUUUGCCCAGGAACUAGUAGAAUUUCGAAUGGGCAAGGGAAGCUUAUCAAAAGAAAAAGAAGUGAUGUACAUUCUUCAGGAAACUCUGGCCACUCCCUCUGUUUCAGCUGUCCAGCAGAGCCACCCAGGUGCUGCAACCAAAGAACCUACUGCAGCGCUAAUUCAACUGACACCAGAGGUUAUUAAGGUCCAAAAUAAACAAGAGAAAAAACCUGUAACUCCAUCCCCUGCUCCUACAAAUUCAACCAUCAACCCGCCAUCUCUUCUGUCUGCAAAUAAAGUGAUCAUUGGUGCCCCUUUGUCCAUAAACAUUCCACGUUUCUACUUCCCCAACGGACUCCCUAAUGUCUACAGCAGUCAUGAGGAGACCAUUGCCAAGAUUGAGGCAGCCUUUUCAGAGUUUGAAGAUGAGAGAGCUACCAUUAAUGAAAUGGGGAAAAUUGCUAAGAUAUGCUGCUGCCCUCUGUACUGGAAAGCUCCCAUGUUCAUUGCAUCUGGAGGAGAGAGAACGGGAUUUGUAUCUGUACAUUCAUUUGUGGCUAUGUGGAGAAAGAUAGUACAAAACUGUCAUGAUGAUGCAUCCAAGUUCAUUUGUCUUCUUGCAAAACCCAACUAUAACUUUUUGGAACAAGAAGAUUUCAUCCCAUUACUGCAGGAUGUAGUAGAAACUCACCCUGGCCUGACAUUUCUAAAGGAUGCUCCAGAAUUCCAUUCCCGCUACAUUACUACGGUUAUUCAAAGAAUAUUUUACACAGUCAAUAGGUCCUGGUCUGGGAAAAUCUCACUAACAGAGUUAAGGAAAAGUAACUUCCUGCAGACCCUAGCCCUCUUAGAGGAAGAAGAAGACAUAAAUCAGAUCACAGAUUAUUUUUCCUAUGAACAUUUUUAUGUAAUUUACUGUAAAUUCUGGGAACUGGACACUGACCAUGACCUCUAUAUCAACCAGAGAGAUCUGGCUAGAUACAAUGAUCAAGCUCUGUCAAGCAGAAUUAUAGAGAGAAUAUUCUCUGGCGCUGUGCUUAGAGGAAAUCAAGUACACAAAGAAAACCAGAUGAGCUAUGCAGAUUUUGUAUGGCUUUUGAUCUCUGAAGAAGACAAAAGAAGUCCCACAAGCAUUGAAUACUGGUUCAGAUGCAUGGAUUUGGAUGGGGAUGGCAUGCUGUCCAUGUAUGAACUGGAGUAUUUUUAUGAGGAACAGUGUGAGAGGAUGGAAUCCAUGGGCAUUGAGCCAUUGCCAUUCCAUGAUUUGCUGUGCCAGAUGCUUGAUCUAGUAAAGCCAGAAUGUGAUGGUAGAGUUACUCUGCGAGACUUGAAGAGAUGCAGAAUGGCUCAUGUUUUUUACAACACUUUCUUUAACCUUGAGAAGUAUCUAGACAAUGAACAACGGGAUCCCUUUGCUGUGCAAAAGGAUGUUGAGAAUGAUGGCCCCGAGCCCUCUGACUGGGAUAGAUAUGCUGCUGAGGAGUAUGAAAUUCUUGUUGCUGAAGAAUCUGGCAAUGAACACUUACAAGAAGGAUCCUUUGACGAUGACUACGAAGCAGAUGAACUCUUAUCUUUACCUGAAAUUGGAGAAAAGUCAGACAAAUUAGUUAUCUCAGACCUUUCAGCUUAGUACUGAAUACUGAUAGGUCACUAGGGCCUGUUAGUAUUAAUUGAAAGAGUCCUUAAUGUUUCAGGAUUUUUUUUUCUUGAAGCAACAACCAACACAUUUGAUACAAUAACAUUGUUUUUAAUGAAUGGCAAGCUUCUGCAUUAUGGUAACUUCCAAAAACAUGGUGAUUAAGUGUGACAAUAUUUUUAUAAACUGUAAAAAAACUAAGAUAGGCUGUACCCUACAAAGGAAUACUGAAGUGGAAGGGGUGAGCAUGCUGCGGGUGUAGAAGAACAAAGAAUUUAAAACAAGUUCAAAUUUUUUUUUUAUUUUCCCACACUGCAGAUUUUAUUCUUUUUAUAUUUAGAAACUGUACCUUCAGUUUUCUUAUAUCUUAUUAGAUAAUUGUGCAGUAACGUAUAAAUUUUAAUGCAUACAAAAACUAUGUGUUAUUUCCAGAAAUAUUUCCGUAUUACUUCAGCAUCCUAUUAACAUUGUUGGAUAAACAAUCACAAGAAGACUCUUGAAUGACACUGAGUUCAAUCCCAUUUCAUUUUUUGGUUUUAAAACAGAUUCCUCCCCCUCCCCCCCCCCGCACUGCUGGAGUCCACAACCUUUUUGAGCCUGCAUGCAGUUUUGAAACUCUGAUAAAGCACAAUGGGUCCUGCCACAAAAUAACUACUGCAGGAGGUUGAGCCAGACAUAAAAUGGCUGCUGCAGCUUAACUUCAGUCAUACAGUGAAGGUCCUUGUGCUGUGGUGGCUGCUGCUGCUAAAGCAACAUUUGAAAAAAUCUGCAGCCAAUCAAAUUGCCAGUGGCCAAUCAGAAGCCUUGCUGGGCAUCCCUUCCAGCCCACACCACUUUCAAGGAACACUUGAUGAGUGACAGGAUAGUUGUUGGCAGUCACCAUGGUAGCCACAGGCACCACAGUGGAGACCCCUGCCAUGGAAAUAGACAACCCAUUUGUUAUUUAUUGUUGGUUUUCAUGAAGGCAGCUUUCCUUUCACUUAGUGCUUCUCAGAAAAAUCCACAAAAGUGAGUCUUUAUGACAUAUAUAUAGUCUAAGUUAGCAUGGAACUCCUGCCAGUCUCUUUAGAAAGAUAGACUCAUUAUAUCCUGUGCCAGCAUAAUCAAGCAGAUAAAGCAAAGGAAAGUCCCCAGAUACUGCUUCAAACCACAGAACAGCUAUUCCCUAUUGUUCACCUUUUUUUUUUUUGUUUGGCAAAAGGCUGGAUGAAUAGUCUAGUGCUGUGUAUGUGUACAGUCUUCCUAACUCCCCCCCCAGCCCAUAGAGCAGGAAAACAGCCUAAAUAUACUCAGAAGACUGCAGUAAAAUUAUCCUUGCAAGUUGUCUUUACAUUUUAAAAAAUGGGGUGCUAGUGGUAAAUCAGAAUCUCCACUUGUACAGCAGAACUUAAGAUACCCAAGACCUUAAACAUACAUUUUAAAAAUAGCACAGGUGUGUGUUUGUGUGUGUAGAGUUCUAAUUGUACAACAUGAAUCACAUCACAAGCAAUAUCCCACAGCACACUUGCAGUACAGGAUUCCACAUCAGGAUCACAAAAUUAAUGUCCACUUUCCUCAGGGAAGAAGCAAAUAUUCCCAGUGAUGAUGAAUUGCAGUUUGAAUGGUAGGAAAAUGUGCCAUCCACAACAAAGCACAACGUUGAGGAAAGAGAUGUGGACUGUGCAUUACAAAUGUCACCAAACUGUGUAUUAUGUAAAAGCAAAUGUUUGUAUAAAAAAUCCUUCUUAUGUAGGACUCUGGAUGACUGCUGCUUAGCAGAUAACUGUUAAAGACAUCUGUCACUGCACUGCUGAACACCUAACACUUGUGUGACUGACCUUAAUGCUGUACUCACAGCUCCCAGAGUAUCAUCAUAAUUGUUGUGUUCAGAUGUCCCUACUGGUAUGUUACUCUCCAUCCUUAGCACUUAUGCACUGGCAAAGCAAUUUUUAGAACUAGGCAAUUCAGUGUCUUUCUUUGAAAGUACCUGAGGCUUGUAUCACUGUCUUCAAAGCUCUGUUCAGUUCAAGCCCCUUCAGUAGAAAUGCAAUUUGUGUGAGAUGAAAAGCCUUCAUAUGCAAAGUUAACCCAGUCUAAACCCACUAAUUUCACACUGGAGUAACUUAGUAUUGUAUUUCACUGUAAAUUUUGUAAGCUUAGUCUGGGAAGUAUCAGUCCUUUCACUAAAUUGUCAGAAGCACACUACAGAAAUCUCAUUUCCACCUUGUUUUUAUGUAAAGUUUAAACGUAACAAUACCAACAUGCCCAAGUUAACUUGUUGUUAACAGGUAUAUUAACUAUUAAUUAUAGAAUUAUAUUAACUUGAUUAUAGAUAUAACUAUAGGUUAACUAUUAAUAGUUAAUCUAUGUCAAUUAAGUAUAUAUGAGCCCUUGCAGGCUGUCUUUUCCACACCACAAAGUAUGUCCAGCAAAUCCAGCUAAUGGAAGAAAGGAUUUCUAUCAAAAGCUAUGACUUGCAAGCAAAUUUGCACCCCAAGUUUCUCUUUAGUUAGAUAUGAAAUACUGCCCUCUUGUGAUGUUUUCUGUACUUAAAUUCAAGUUGGCAAGUGCACUUUACAAAAUUGUUUGCCUUUAAUAGUUGCAUAAAAAAGUUAUAUAAAUCUAAAUAGGAGUUACUGAUGCACAACUUGAAAGUGGAAAACUCUUGCAGGUUUAAAAAUAAUUCCAGCUAUAUUUAAUUUCAGUGCAGGUAUUAUAAUAAGAAGAAGAAGAUAUUGGAUUUAUAAACAGAUGUGUUCUGGAAUUGGAUGAAAAUAUAUGUUUGCUGCAGUGAUAAACAGUUUUUCCUAUAAAUGUAUGUAGGGAACAACAUUAAGUAUUCUCAUCUCCAUAUAAGGGGAUGGUAGAUGAAAGUGAAAGAAUCAAAAGCUGAAAACAGCCUGACCCAUCACGAAGCUGUUGCAUAUAAUGGGGUUUUAUGUAAGUGAAACAUAGUCCUAGGAUAGGGUGUCAAACUCAUUUGUUAUGAGGGCCGAAUCUGACACAUAUGAGACCUCAUCAGACUGGGCCAUAUGUGUCAUAAAAUGUAAUGCUAGGUAGUGGAGCUAUAAGCUUUAUAAAGGACACAAACACAAAAGUGUUUUUUUAAAAAAAAACCCUUAAAAUAAAACAUGCUUAAUAGAUUAGCACUUUUGAUAGUUUGUUUAUUUAAACCGUCUCUAAUAACUGACACCUCUUGCUCUAAAUUAUUGCAUCAAAAUCUGGAGAGAAUGUCUGUGCUUUAGCAAUCUUGAGUAUGCUAUUCAGGUGUUGUUCAGGUGUGUAUCUCUAAGUUGCAAACCUACUCUUCAUUUAUUGACAUUCUGAAUCUUAUGGUCAAUGCUUUGAGCCUAAGACCCAGAGGAGGUGGCUGGGCAUUGUGAGAUUUUGUACAUAAAUUGCUUCAUGUGCUGGUCAAGAACAUGUGAAGGCACCAUGACAUAGACUGAGGCCUAGGUGUUCAUCUACAAAACUACAGUCUUCCUCAGAGAAAUAACUACAACUCUUAUGAGGCAGUACAAGAAUAGAGAUAGCAAUGUAUAGUGGUCACUAUUAGCCUACUUGGUGCUUGGGGGCAGUGGGAGAGUUUCUAGUGUCCUGGCCCCACUGAUGGACCUUCUGAUGGCACCUGGGUUUUUUUGGCCACUGUAUGGCACAGAGUGCUGGACUGGAUGGGCCAUUGGCCUGAUCCAACAUGGCUUCUCUUAUGUUCUUCUUAUAUGGGAAGCUUAGGUUAAAAUCCCCAGUCUGCAAAGGAAAUGUGCUGGGUGGUCUGAACACACUCUCUGUAAUAUAGGUUUGUUGUUAUCCUUCAUCUAAAUUUAGUUCACGUUGCUUUCAUGCUGAAACUCAAUCAUGAAAGCAUGAAUACAGAGAAAAGGAGUAGGCAAACCCAGUCGCACCUAGGAGAGCCAUGUCAUAACAAGCCAAUAAAACUCUGUGUGUGUAUGUGUGUGUAGCAUAGCAAAAAGCUCAUAGUUUGAAUACAACUUUGUUGGUCUUAAAUGUGCUUUCUAUCGAUCUGUCCCAUGGGAUUGAGGGAACUGGGCAAAGUAAGCUCUGGCUUUUUUCCUUCUUCCCAAGAGAUGAGGGGGAGGAACCUCAGACAAUAGAAGGAAGAGUGGCUUGGCUCAGUAGCUUUGUUGUGGGAUUGAGAGAGCCUAGCAAAGCAAGCUCUGCCUCUCCCCCCCCUUUCUUCCCAAGGGAGAAAACCAGCCAAUGGAGAAAAUAGAGGCUUUGCUCUUUAGUUCCUGUGCAAUUGAGCAAACUGGCUGAGAUGCAGAAAAAAGCAAGAGGAAAAAGGAAGCAGAUGGCAGUGAGUCGCUUGCAGGCCUGAUAGGAGACCUCCAUGGGCCUGAUCUGGCCCCCAGGCUGCAUGUUUGACACCCCUGGUCUAGGAAAUAGUAUCAUGAUCAAUAAUAACUGUAUGAAUCCUUUUAAAGGAGGCUGUUAUUGGUAGAUAAUAUUUAACAAAAAUACUUUGAUUCAUGUUAUCUAUACCCUUCCACCAUCUAAAUUUUUUUUGUUAAUGUGGAUAUCUGCAUUCUAUGAUCCUCAAAGGAACUUGUAUACAUCUGUGAUUUUAGGAGCCUUCGGCUCACAUAGUAUAUCCCUGAGCUGUUCAAAAAAUGAUUAUAAUGUAAUCAUUUUGCCAUUAUAUUGGCUUUUAUGCCAUAACACCUCUGCUAGAUUUAGUUCUCUACCAAAGAUUUUGCAGAUGUUAUUGCUAAAUUUCACUCCAUCAAUUCAUCAGUGAUGCAUUGUGUAUGUAAAAUGCUGCCAAAUUGCAGCUGACUUAUGGAGACCCCUUAGAGUUUUCAAACCAAGAGGCUAAUAGAGAUGAUUUGCCAUUGUCUUCCUCUGCAUAGCAACCCUGGACUUCCUUGGAAGUCUCUUAUCCAAAUAGCCAGAGCCAACCCUGCUUAGCUUCCAAGAUCUGAUGGAAGUGGGCUAGCCUGGGUCAUUCAGGUCAUGGCAGUGGUGGAUUAGCUGGCAUUAUUUACUUCAGGUGUUUGCCUAUUUUAUAGUGAUUGGGUACAACUUAAGCUGUAUUUUUAAUGACACCAAUAAUGCAUUUUGUGAACUAAAGCUAAUUUCAUCAGAUACAACACUACACUACUAGAUCCUUUGGAGUUGAUUAACAGCCAUUUACUAGGCCAUCAAGUUACCACUUAUAUGCAAAUUGCAUCUGGCUAGGAGAAAUGUAUGUGACUUAAUAUUCAAAUCACUCCAAAAAUAGAAUGAAUAUUCUGUAUUAUAAAAAUGCUCAUAUGGAUAUUUUAUCCUCACUUGAACAUAAUUGGAGCCAUAAUCUCUACAUUUUAUUUCCAGUCCUGCAAUGCACCAGUUAUUAGUACAGCCUGAUGAACUUAUUUUUGCAAAAUAUUUUUAAUUUUAGAUGAUAAUCUGUAGAGAUGUUUUGAAAGUUUAAUUUUUAUCUGCUCUUAUUGCUGUAUAUCAGUUUUCUUGUCUGAAGAGUGGACAUACCACCUACCUCAUAAGAAAGGGGUUAAGAUAAUACAGUAAUAUUGUAAAAUUCCUUUCAAUACAGGGCUCAAGCAAUACUUUAUUAGUAAUGCAUGUCCUUUUGUGCCUGUUUGGGAGAAUAUCUUUAUUCCAUUUGGAAAAGUAGGAUGAGAGAGAGGCAUUGCUAGGAAAAAUGCAUACUAUAACUGGUAUACUAUAAAUGUAUGCCCAGUAUUGUUUUUGAAGAUCUCGGCUGUUUUUACACUGGCAGUUUGUUUCUCUCUGUCUUCACAUUGGAAACUCACAUUUUACAUUACAGACCAUGUCCACUUCUGUCUUGCAUUGGAGCUUCCUGAAACAUCUACAUUUGUUUAGGUGAAAUGGGUGCUGACUCUGCAUUUGCCUCAAUCUUCUUGAAACUAGUUUUGGUCCAGACAAUAGAUUGUUUUGGACUGCCACUAAGAGGCAGUAUUGUGCAAAAGACAAAACAGCUGGGCUGAAUUCCAAACAGUAUCAGGUUUAUUGAUAAGAGUAAAUUUUUAUAGAAUUUGACAGAAAAUAACCAUCUGGAAUAAACAUCAGAGCUAUUCCAAGAGAGCUCCAAGAGCUCCUUAUGUUUUAGCUUAAAAUAUAGAACCUUAAAAGACCAAAAAGACCACCCACAAUGCCAAAGUGGCUUUAAAAAAAUCUUUUAAAGUCACAGUAAGUCUAUGCAAAAAUGAGUUUAGAGCAUAACUAAAUGAUAUGAAGCAAUGCUUGUAAUUAUAGUUUAUUCAUGUAUUUUAACUUGCUUUGUUAUAUUAUGUAUUAAGGUUUGGAGGAAUUAUGAGAUGUACAAAAAAAAGUUGUGAAAUAUGAUUGAAGCAAUUAUUCAGUGAUUACUUGUGCUGGGCAUGGCUUUGCCUUAGCUAUUUUACUUUGUAUUUCCCUUUUUUGAAAUUAAAUUUUUUCAAAGUGUU